GCGAUUAAGAAAAAUGGUGCUGUUAUGCCAUAUAAAUAUGUAGAAAUCGUACGCGAAGAAUCACAUUUCCAUCCAAAGGCAUCAAUUCGAAAAUCCCAAAGCAUCAGUUCCUACGUAGUAAACAAACCGAACAAGCUAGAGACAAAAUGGCUGGGAGAACACGAACUAACGUAUCUGCUACUGUUUAUGAGGAUUUCCAACCCAUAUGGGAACAGAAGGAAGAGCAAGGAGCAAAUAUUCUACUUGUUCAUCUUCCAGGUUUUGAGAAGGAGCAAAUUGUCGUCACCUAUGUUGACUCCUCCCGUACGAUCAAAUUGCAGGGAGAACGAUCACUCGAGAAGAACAAACGAAGUCGUGUCAACCAAUCUUUGCCUGUUCCACAAAACUGUGUCGUAGGUAAAAUUCAAGGUAGUUUUCGGAAUGGCGUUCUUACCAUCACAAUGCCAAAGCAGACAAUUACUCAACCCAGUUCAGUAGACGAUGCAAAACCCACCAACGAAACUACACCUCCAAAGGCCACCAGGGACCAAAAGGCCAUGAAGCACCCAAAAGAAACUACUGCUCCCAAACCUGCUUCACCUUCAACAUCUGGUUUUGAAAAACCAAGAGACGAAAAAUUACCGCCUCCCCAAACCCCUCAAAAAGCCAUAACCGAGCCUAAAACACCUAAGGGCACUAAAAUUACUCCUUCAAGAGCUGCUCCGAGUCCAUCCACUCUGGGUGAAAGACAGGCUAAUGGGAAGAAGGUUGAUGCUUUGCAGCCUUCAAAGCAACAAGAAGAAACACAAAAGAAAGUUGCUCCGACUGCAACUACCACAAAGCAGCCCGAAGAAAAGAGUGCUGCAGGCUCUACAGCUGAAAUCGUUGAGAAAACGGGGGAAAGUAAAGUUGGGUUAGGGACCGUGGCCAAAGAAAAGAAAGAUUCUGCCAUGUCCGGAAGCCAUAUUCCGAAGCUUCCGGAGAAAAAGAAGAAAGAUAACAAAGGCGCUGGUGUGGUGGAAGGGAAGGCCAAGGAGGGUGGUAGCUUCAUGGCAAAAGCCAAGGAAAUGAAAGGUAUGGACACACUAAUGAAGAGCGUAAAGAGGCUUGCCACGGAGGAUUACGAAGACAGGCAGAUGCUGAUUAAUAUAGGGGUCUCUGUUUUGGUGAUUGUAGCACUUGGGGCUUACAUCACCUACGCCUAUCGCUCAUCUGGAAAAUCCAAGGGCUAGUGCUACGUAGAUAAAGGGUCUCUGAUCAAUGCAUCCAUGUACUUUGAAGGAAUCUGUGUUACAUUUUUAUAUACCAUUAUUCCUUAAAGAUCUUAAUUUGAUUUUUUUUCUCUUCAAUUUCAAUAAAGUUUUCAUAGGGAUACGGAUGCUUAUCUGGGUGAAAGUUGAAUGUAUUAUCCUUCCAAGCUAGCUAGGCAUGGGAUAGGCACUGGUCUGCCCUUGCUUGGAAAGAACUUCGAAAAUGUAAAGUUUUUCCAUAAUAAUUGUUCUUCGUCUGUGUC